AUGCGUCUUCUGAGCGCAUCUGAGUCACAUCAGCGUGAACCACGUGGGUCUCUGCUCCCUGACCUGUUUCCUGUUUGGAAAGAGUUCCAGCUUCAUCACGGAGUUUCUCUCGGUUUGUGGGCUCAUCUAAAGGACCAACGUGGAUCGAGAAGUCAGCGCUCUCAGGAGGCCGACAAUUUUGUUGAAGAAAGAAGUGGAAGAAAAAAAUACAACCGUGACGAGUGUGGGAAAGAUUUUACUGUGAAAGCUUCCCUAACAAUGCAACAGGUCAUCCACACCAGAGAGAGACCAUUCAGCUGUGGAGACUGUGGAGAGUCUUUUACCAGGUCUGGAAGCUUAAAAAGACACCAACUAAUCCACACUGGAGAGAGACCGUUCAGCUGUGAAGACUGUGGAAAGUCUUUUACGCAGUCUGGAAAUUUAAAAACACACCAACUCAUCCACACCAGAGAGAGACCGUUCAGCUGUGGAGACUGUGGAAAGUCUUUUACCCACUCUGGAAACCUAAAAACACACCAACUGAUUCACAGUGGAGAGAGACUGUUCAGCUGUGGAGACUGUGGAAAGUCUUUUACGCAGUCUGGACACUUAAAAACACACCAACUAAUCCACAUUGGAGAGAGACCAUUCAUCUGUGACAAGUGUGGAAAGUCUUUUACCCACUCUGGAAGCUUAAAAACACACCAACUAACCCACACUGGAGAGAGACCAUUCAGCUGUGACGAGUGUGGAACGUGUUUUACCCACUCUGGAAGCUUAAAAAGACAUCAACUAAUCCACACUGGAGAGAGACCGUUCAGCUGUGAAGACUGUGGAAAGUAUUUUACCGAGUCUCGAACAUUAAAAACACACCAACUCAUCCACACUGGAGAGAGACCAUUCAGCUGUGAUGAAUGUGGAAAGUCUUUUACGCAGUCUGGAAACUUAAAAACACACCAACUCAUCCACACUGGAGAGAGACCGUUCAGCUGUGACGAGUGUGGAAAGUCAUUUACGCGCAUUUCAAACUUCAAAAGACAUCAACUCCUCCACAGUGGAGUUAAAGCGUACACCUGUGAUCAGUGUGGCAGAGCUUUUACUCACAGUCACAGCUUACAGAGUCAUCUAGUUACCCACUCUGGAAUUAAGGCGUACAGCUGUGACGUCUGUGGAAAAACUUUCAGCCGGAUAGGGAGCCGAAAUACACACCUACGCAUUCACACCAGACAUGAUGUGUACAGCUGUGAUCAGUGUGGUAAACAGUUUACUACAAACACAGAGUUACGACGUCACAUGUUUACCCACUCUGAGGAACGACCUUAUAAAUGUGACCUGUGUGAGAAGACUUUUAAAUCUCCACGUUACCUGAAAGCACACCAACAGAUCCACACCAGAAAAACUCUACAAGUGCAGUUACUGUGA